CCGAACCGUCCACACGUUAAUUCCGCGUCACGUUUUAUAGCUUUCGAUAGCAGUACGAAACGUUUACGCUGCGCUGCUCUUAUCUGAUUUAACAUGGAUGCGACGUACAAAGAAAAAAAACAACCCAAUCCUCGGUCGGAAGCUAAUAUUUUUGAGAUUAUUACAUUUAGUUGGAUUUUAGAAAUUGUCAAAAAAGGAUUAAAACAAGAUUUAGAUAUAAUCGAUUUAUAUAAGAUUUUGAAUGAAGAUUCGUCUGAGUUAUUGGGAAACAAAUUACACAAACUAUGGAAUGAAGAAUUAAUAAACUCAAAGAAAAGAAAUCAAAAGCCAAGCUUUUAUACUACUCUAUUUAAAAUGUUUGGACGAAGAUUUAUGUUUUGUGGAAUUUAUAUAACUAUAAUGGAAAUUAUUUUAAGCAUAAGCAUUUCAACCAUUGUUGGAAAAACUGUUGAGCAUUUUGAAAUGAAUUCAUCAGUUGGCUAUGUCGGAAUAUAUUUAUCAAUUUGUCUAGUCAUAAUUUUAUUAAUAAGGAUAAUUAUUUUUUCUGGUUACGAUAUGAUAAGUUCACAUCUAGCUAUGAAAAUGCGAAUAGCAACAUCCAAUAUCAUUUACAGGAAGGCGCUUCGACUCAAAGUGAAUUCUUUGAACCAAACCUCUACCGGCCAAAUAUUAAACUUAAUGUCGAACGACGUAAAUCGAUUUGACAAAUCACUUAUAUAUAUACCUUUUUUAUGGAUUGGUCCUUUAGAAACGGUUGUAGUGACUUAUUAUUUAUGGCAAGAAGUCAGAGUAUCAUCAUUACUUGGUGUAGUCACAUUAAUAAUGUUUAUACCAUUACAAUUAUGGUUGGGGUCGAAAACAUCUGAGAUUCGAUUAAAAAUUUCCAAAAGAACGGACGAAAGAGUUAAUCUACUGAAUGAAAUAAUUUUGGGAUUACAAGUGAUAAAAAUGUACACAUGGGAACCAUUUUUUAACAAUCGAACAAAAUAUUCUAGAAAAAAAGAAAUGAUCAAAAUUAAAAAAUCAUCUUAUAUCAAAGGAAUUUUGUCCUCGUUUUUUUUAUUUAACACGAGAAUCGCAUUAUUUGUGACUUUAUUUUCAUACAUAUUAUUUGGAAAUUAUAUAACCGCAUCAAAAGUAUUUGUAAUAACUUCGUAUUAUAACAUUUUGCGAAGAGCAUUGACAACAACUUUUCCACCGGGCAUUGGUUUAACUGCUGAAUUAUUAGUCUCAAUUAAAAGGAUCGAGGAUUUUCUAUUGAACGAAGAAAAAGAUACACAAUGCAACAACCUUAUAGAAGCUAAAGAUGUUCAUGAAAAUACUAUUAUUAAUGACAAUAGAAAAUGGUCAUGUAAAAUCACUAAUGUCAGUGACGAUGAAGAGUUUAAUAAAUUUGGAGUAGCAUUUUUUAAUGUUACUGCCAAGUGGACAGUCACUCAAACUAAUAACACUUUAGAAAAUAUAAACAUAACCGCAACACCUAAUCGAUUACUUGCAAUAAUUGGUCCAGUAGGAUCUGGAAAAAGUUCAAUAAUACAAGCAAUUUUACAAGAAUUGCCACUUAUGAAAGGAAGUAUUUCUGUACGAGGCGUUGUGUCAUACGCAUCACAAGAACCAUGGUUAUUUCCAGGUUCUGUUAGACAAAAUAUUUUAUUUGGAUCACCAAUGGACAAUGAACGUUAUAAAAAUGUUCUACAAGUUUGUGCGUUAAAUCCAGACUUGGAUAAGUUUCCACACGGCGAUAGAACAGUAGUUGGUGAGAAAGGAAUUUCUCUUAGCGGUGGUCAAAAAUCAAGAGUAAAUUUAGCAAGAGCUAUAUACAAACAAGCCGAUAUUUAUUUAUUGGAUGAUCCUCUAUCAGCGGUUGAUACUCGUGUUGGAAAGCAUAUAUUUGAAAAAUGCAUAACUGAUUAUCUUAAAGAAAAGACCUGUAUACUCAUAACUCAUCAGAUACAAUACUUAUUUAACGUUGAUCACAUUAUUAUAAUGGAGAACGCAAAAGUGUUAGCAGAGGGUUCAUAUCAAGAACUUCAAGAAUCAUCAAGUUUAUGCUUUACGAAAAUUCCCGGAUAUUCCACAGAAACGCCAAUUUUAAAUACCAAUGAUGAAAAUGUGUUUGGAAAAAACAAUACCAAUAACGUGGUAAAAUAUUCUAUGCAUGAUAGUCCACAUACAUCGAUUUUAAAUCAUGUCACAUCGUCUGUCAAAGAAAUCAAAACAAUUGACGUAAACCACACCGGGCCCGUCGAAAUGGUAGAAACACAUUCUACUGGAAAUGUGGCGUUUAGUGUUUAUCUUUCAUAUAUUUUUGCGGGUGGACAUUAUUGCAAAGUAUUAAGUUUAUUUUCGGUAUGUAUACUCACGCAAGUGCUAUCGUCGAGUGCAGACUACUGGAUAACUCAUUGGAUUUAUUUGGAAGAAAAAGUUUUUCGAACUAACAAAUCCUUGAUUUUGGACAGUACAUCCGUACCAAAUUCAUCUGAUGAAUUUUCGACAUUGUGGACUGCAUCAAGACAAACAUGUGUUAUUGUUUUCGCUGUGCUAACAUUCUUGAUCAUAAUAUCUGCUUUAGUUCAAUCCACUUUACUGGUGUCCUUAUGCACUAAAGCGUCCAUGAAUCUACAUAACUGUAUGUUUAUUUCAAUUACACGAUCAACAAUGGGUUUUUUAAAUAAAACUCCAUCGGGGCGAAUCCUCAACCGGUUUUCAAAAGAUAUAGGACUCAUUGACGAAAUGUUACCUUCCGUGUUAAUUGAUUGUAUACAAAUUGGAUCGACGGCAUUUGGAAUAGUAACAUUAGUGGGAAUUGUCAAUCCUUAUCUGGCUUUACCAACAUUUGUCUUACUAAUAUUAUUUUUAAAAAUGAGAAAAAUUUUUAUGACAACAACUCGUAAUGUCAAACGGCUAGAAGGUGUUACACGAAGUCCUGUAUACACUCACGUGAAUUCAUCACUUCAAGGACUGGCAACAAUAAGAGCGUUUAAUGUUGAACAAAUUCUAAUCCAAGAGUUUACCAGCCAUCAAGAUUUACAUUCAUCAGCUUGGUAUAUGUUUAUCACUUUAAGUCGAGCGUUUGGUUUUUGGUUGAAUAUAUCUUGCAUGUUCUACAUAAGUUUUAUAAUAUUUUCUUUUAUAUUGUUUAGUGAUGUUACAAAUAGGAGGUAUGUUGGUUUAGCCAUAACACAAUCCAUUGUAUUGUCCACUAUGUUCCAAUGGAUAAUGAGACAUUCUGCAGACUUAGAAAACCAAAUGACGUCAGUAGAAAGAGUUCUAGAAUACAUAGAUAUUCCACAGGAAUCGGCACUUGAAAAAAAACCUGAGAAGUUGUCACCAGCUGACUGGCCCAGCACAGGUCAAAUUAUUUUCAAACAACUUUAUCUACGUUAUGACUUGGACACACCAUUUGUUUUAAAAAAUCUCAAUAUCAACAUUGAAGCUGCGGAAAAAAUUGGAAUCGUUGGAAGAACUGGUGCAGGAAAAUCAUCUUUGAUAGCAGCAUUAUUUAGGUUAGCUAUUAACGAGGGUAACAUAAUUAUUGAUGAUAUAGAGAUACAUGAACUGGGAUUACAUGACUUGCGAUCAAAAAUGUCCAUCAUACCUCAAGAACCAGUUUUGUUUUCAGGAACAUUAAAAAACAAUUUAGAUCCAUUUAAUGAAUACCAAGAUAAUGUUCUUUGGAAAGCUUUAGAGGAAGUGGAACUCAAAGACGUUGUAAAUGAUUUAUCAGAUGGUUUAAACUCGAAAAUAUCUGAAGGUGGAUCAAAUUUCAGUGUUGGUCAAAGACAAUUAAUAUGUUUGGCUAGAGCAAUUAUACAAAAUAACAAAAUUCUUGUGUUAGACGAAGCCACUGCAAACGUUGAUCUACAUGAUGGAUUCUGAUAAAAUACUUGUAAUUGACGCUGGUACAGUAGUUGAAUUUGACCAUCCCUAUAAUUUAUUGAAAAAUAAAGAUGGAUUUUUGUACAAAAUGGUAGAACAAACUGGGCAAAUCAAUGCUCAAUCAUUAUAUAGUUUAGCUUAUGAGAGUUUCAAUAAAGAACAAAUGCCAAGUGAACAUCGAUUGUCAAGUAUUAAUGAGGAUGAAUACUAAAUCACAUCAUAAGUAUACAGUUAAUUAGGGCUAUAGGCACAAUUAGGAAAAAUUUUCUGUUUGGUCUCAAAUUGUAUCAGCCGUAUACAAACCCUGAUAAUUGAUAGUUUAAUCUAAAAUUUUCUUAUCCUGUGCUAAAAUAUGAUUCCAAGCACCUCCCUCUUAAUUUCGCCUAUGAUUAGGAUAAUAGUUAUUAAUG